GCGGAGGGGUCAGAGCGGUUGGCGGGAGCGGGAAGCGCCUGAGGAGCCGCCGGCCGCCGCCAUGCACGUCGUGAAGCGCGAUGGACGCCAGGAGCGUGUCAUGUUCGACAAGAUCACGUCGCGCAUCCAGAAGCUCUGCUAUGGGCUCAAUGCUGACUUCGUUGAUCCUGCCCAGAUCACCAUGAAAGUGAUUCAGGGGCUCUACAGUGGUGUCACAACAGUGGAACUGGAUACAUUGGCUGCUGAAACGGCUGCAACCCUGACCACCAAACACCCUGACUAUGCUAUCCUGGCAGCAAGGAUUGCAGUGUCCAACUUGCACAAGGAAACCAAGAAGGUGUUCAGUGAUGUGAUGGAUGAUCUCUACAACUACAUAAACCCUCACAAUGGGAAGCACUCGCCAAUGAUCUCCAAAGAAACUCUGGACGUAGUCUUGGCCAACAAAGAUCGCCUGAAUUCUGCCAUUAUCUAUGACAGAGACUUCUCCUACAACUACUUUGGGUUUAAGACUCUAGAACGUUCUUACUUGCUGAAAAUCAACUCAAAAGUUGCUGAGCGUCCUCAACACAUGCUGAUGAGGGUGUCAGUGGGGAUCCACAAGAAUGACAUAGAGGCUGCAAUAGAAACCUACAACCUGCUCUCUGAGAAGUGGUUUACCCAUGCUUCCCCCACGCUGUUCAAUGCAGGCACCAACCGGCCCCAGCUUUCCAGUUGUUUCCUGCUGUGCAUGAAGGAUGACAGCAUUGAGGGGAUCUACGACACUCUGAAGCAGUGUGCACUGAUCUCGAAGUCUGCUGGUGGGAUUGGCCUCGCUGUGAGCUGUAUCCGAGCCACCGGCAGCUAUAUUGCUGGGACAAAUGGGAAUUCUAAUGGGCUUGUUCCAAUGCUGAGGGUCUACAACAACACUGCUCGCUACGUGGAUCAAGGAGGAAACAAGAGACCUGGGGCUUUUGCCAUCUACCUGGAGCCCUGGCAUUUGGACAUCUUUGAGUUUCUGGACUUGAAGAAGAACACUGGGAAGGAAGAGCAACGAGCCAGAGACCUUUUCUUUGCGCUUUGGAUUCCUGAUCUCUUCAUGAAGCGAGUUGAAACCAACCAGGACUGGUCCUUAAUGUGUCCAAAUGAGUGUCCUGGCCUAGAUGAAGUUUGGGGAGAGGAAUUUGAGAAGCUGUAUGAGAGCUAUGAGAAGCAGGGCCGUGUGCGCAGGGUGGUGAAGGCCCAGCAGCUUUGGUAUGCCAUCAUCGAGUCGCAGACUGAGACUGGCACACCCUACAUGCUCUACAAAGACUCCUGCAACAGGAAGAGCAACCAGCAGAACCUGGGCACCAUCAAAUGCAGCAACCUGUGUACAGAAAUCGUGGAGUAUACCAGCAAAGAGGAGGUAGCAGUUUGUAACUUGGCCUCCAUAGCCCUGAACAUGUACGUCACUCCCGAGCACAGCUAUGACUUCAAGAAGCUCGCUGAGGUCACCAAAGUGAUCGUCCGAAACCUGAACAAAAUCAUUGAUAUCAAUUACUACCCCGUGCCAGAGGCAGAGCGCUCCAACAGGCGCCACCGUCCCAUCGGCAUCGGGGUGCAGGGCCUGGCAGAUGCCUUCAUUCUGAUGAGGUUCCCCUUUGAGAGUCCCGAGGCCCAACGCUUGAACCAGCAGAUCUUUGAGACCAUCUAUUACGGUGCUUUGGAAGCCAGCUGUGAGCUUGCCAAGGAGCAAGGACCCUAUGAAACAUAUGAGGGCUCUCCUGUCAGCAAAGGGAUUCUUCAGUAUGACAUGUGGAAUGUUACCCCCUCAGAUCUUUGGGACUGGAAAGCUUUAAAGGAGAAGAUUGCCAAGUAUGGUGUCAGGAACAGCCUUCUCCUUUCUCCAAUGCCAACUGCUUCCACUGCUCAGAUCCUGGGCAACAACGAAUCCAUCGAGCCCUACACCAGUAACAUCUACACACGCAGAGUCCUCUCAGGAGAGUUCCAGGUUGUGAAUCCACACUUGCUGAAGGAUCUCACAGAGAGGGGCCUGUGGAAUGAGGAGAUGAAGAACCAAAUCAUUGCCCACAACGGCUCUAUCCAGAACAUCCCUGAGAUUCCGGAUGACCUGAAGCAGCUCUACAAGACUGUGUGGGAGAUCUCCCAGAAAACCAUCCUCAAGAUGGCAGCAGACAGAGGAGCUUUCAUCGAUCAGAGCCAGUCCCUCAACAUCCACAUUGCAGAGCCCAACUAUGGCAAGCUCACCAGCAUGCACUUCUAUGGCUGGAAGCAGGGCCUGAAGACAGGCAUGUACUACCUGAGGACAAAACCAGCUGCCAACCCCAUCCAGUUCACCCUCAACAAAGAGAAGCUCAGAGAGCGGGAGAAGAUUGCCAGGGAAGAGGAAGAGAAGGAGAGGAAUAAAGCAGCCAUGGUGUGCUCCCUGGAGAACCGGGAUGAGUGUCUCAUGUGUGGCUCCUAAUGGAUCCACCCUGCAAUGCCAGCAAAGCCAUCCCGCCUGGAGCCCAUCUUGGAUAGAAGCAUCUUCUGUAACGUCAGGACGUGGAGGCUUGCUGGAGCUGUGGCAGGAGGGGGGGUCACAGUAGUGUGUUAUAGCUUCCCCUCCAUUGGGGUGUAUGAAGAUGGAUAAGGGUGCAUGAGAAGUUUUUAUAUUGCUUAAGUAGCUGGGAACCAUAAGUGCUCUUUCAUGGUGUUACAUUGAACCCUGGAGGCAGGGCAAGUGCUAAUGCCAUCUACCUUAGAGACCUGUCCUGGGGACUUCAGACAUUCACUUGCUCAAGACUGUUACUGAUGGCUUCAGAGAAGGAAGCAGACCUCACUGUGCUUUCCUUUGCUGGGGGCAGCAGGAAAGCAUCCCCAGGCCAAGUGUGCUGUGUGCUCACUGUGCUGUCACAGCCAAGCAGUGACUGGUGCUAAGCUUGAGGAGCUGGAGUGUGUGCAUGUCUGCCAGUGAGACUUUCGCCCAUCAUUUCCUACCCCUGUCCCCACCUCUUCUCUCCAGCCAGCUUCCCAAAGGAGCAGGCUGGUGGUCGGUGCCUCUUCAGUUGCACUUGGGAAAUAUUCCCUUCCAGUUCUGGCCAGGAAAUGGCAGAGCUGCUGCAGCACAUUCUGUAUGACACCAUUUAUCAGUCCGAUUUCUGGUAAUGGGCUUCACUCUGGCCUUGGCCAGAAACCUUCUCAAGUGCACACACCAUCCUGUCCUCCCCCCAGAGCUGCAUUUCCCCCCCAUUGGUUAUUUGAUCUUUGAAGGCAAAUAACAUUUUUACUUGUCCAUAUACUCCCCCCCCCCCCGGCUCUGAUAGAGCUCCAGCAUCAGUUCUACAGUAUUUAUUGAAUUCAUGUAGCACAAACCAGCCCUUUAACCCAGCCAAAGCCAAUAAAGUGUGGAAUGUGGGAGGAAUGA